GUCAUUGGAGGUUUAGUCUUUCAUUAAAUUUACAGCUCAUGUAACACAGAUUACAUCUGGAAUUUAUUAUCAUAAGCCAAGUUAAAGCAGAACUACUGAAGAAGAUUAAUUUGACCCUGAUGUUAUCAACGUUUUUCUCAGGAGUUUCUAUUUAAAAUGGCCCAGAGCAGGAGCCAGGGAGACUCAUACUGGCUCGGUCUGAGGAGCAGCGCUGUGGACGGGACCUGGCAGUGGAGUGACGGCACCCCGCUGGAAAACGGACCACAGUUUUGGGAACAUGAGCCAGACGUCACAGGAGAGAGGAAGGAGCUCUGCGGUCGACUCACACCAGGAAACAAUUACAGGAAGAGCUGGUUCACCUCCAGCUGUUCUGGUCAGCUGAGGAGAAUCUGCGAGCGCAGAGAAGCUUCCCUACAAUGACCAGAGUCAACGGCUUUCUUUUAUUAUUAUUAUUAUAUAUUUUUUAAUUUACCUCCUAAAUCUUUUCUCUUGUAUAUUAAGGUGGUUUAACAUAGAAAACAAUAUAUUAGGGAUCAGUCGUAUUGUCCCACAUUUUCUGUCACUGUAUAAAGACGUAGAAAAUCCCUAGAAGCUAGAAGCAAAUAUUAGGAUCAUGUUUACAGGACUAAUUAGAGAACAGUGACUUUUUUUCAAAGAUGUUUUUUGUUACUCACUCAUUUUGAGCACUUGUUUAAACCCUACUUAUGCUUUCUACUUUUAUUUUUUUUAAUGGUGGAUUUUAUUUGUAAUUGGUCCUCAAAGUUUUAUUUUUCUAUCUUUAUGAUUUUCAUAGUUUAGUAAUUUCAUUCUUCAUUUUGU